AUGGCGGUUACCUUCUCAGAUCUACACACAGAGCAGGGUAUCAAAUCCCUUGAGGACCACCUCGCCGGAAAAACCUACGUCUCCGGAGAUCAGUUGUCUGUGGAUGAUGUGAAGGUAUACGCUGCCGUUGUUGCGAAACCAAGCGAUGCUUUCCCUAAUGCUAGCAAGUGGUACGCUUGCGUCGCUUCCCACCUUGCUAAAAGUUUCCCUGGUAAGGCCGUUGGAGUUUCAAUCGGUGGCUCUGCUGUUGCUGCUUCUGCGCAAGCUGAGGCACCUGCAGCUGAUGAUGAUGAUGACAUGGAUCUUUUUGGUGAUGAGACCGAGGAGGAAAAGAAAGCUGCAGAGGAGAGGGAGGCUGCUAAGAAGGACACCAAGAAGCCCAAAGAGAGUGGAAAGUCAUCUGUGCUCAUGGAAGUUAAGCCAUGGGAUGACGAGACUGACAUGAAGAAACUUGAGGAGUGUGUUCGUGCUGUUGAGAUGCCUGGUCUUCUAUGGGGAGCUUCAAAACUGGUUCCAGUUGGUUACGGAAUCAAGAAGCUCACCAUCAUGCUCACAAUCGUUGAUGACCUCGUGUCCCCAGACAAUCUCAUUGAAGACUACCUCACCUCUGAACCUAACAACGAGUACAUCCAGAGUGUUGACAUUGUCGCAUUCAACAAGAUCUAGAGACUUUAAAUCUCUACCUACCAAAAAAUAUAUGAUUUCCUUCGAAGUUUUGUUUUGGUGUUGUUUGCUUGACACGUUUAUUUUCUAGUUUCAACUUCCAAGACCCCCUUUCAUGUUUGCAAGAGACAUAAACUUAUCAAUGCUUAGUAUUCCUUUGGAAAAAAACUAAAGUAUACUGCGAAACCUCAUCUAUUAC